ACUCGGACUACUGCAGAGACGCAGGUCGCGAUGGAGGACGAAGAUCCCUUUGACCAUGUGCUUCAACUCGAGUCACACUAUCAAGCCGAGGGCUACGCCUUAGGUGUCGCUGAUGGCACCAAAGCCGGCCAUGCUGAAGGGUACGCAUUUGGGAUCGAGAAAGGCUUCGAAAAAUUCAUGCAGAUGGGUGUCGUGCAAGGCAGAGCAGCUGUAUGGGAGGCAAGGGUGGCAAUGAGCGAUUACAACGGCGAGAAUACGAUCACCAACGAGGGGACAUCAUCUUCAUUAGCGGAUCCCUCGCAAUCUGGAAAUUCGAAAGCGAAGGAAGAGGGAGAUGAUGUGAAGUCGGUGGAAAUCAGCCAGCGUGAUCCAAAGUCCAGGAUACCGGCUUUGCAACCAAAUGAAAGGCUGCUUAAGCACCUUGGUACUCUCCAUUCUCACACCGACAACAUGACGAUGUCUCUCGAGAACACCGAAGAGGCGGUAGACGCGUUCGAUGAACGGCUUCGAAAAGCGACCGCGAAAGUUAAGGUCAUUGAGAAGACUAUGGGAGAGAAAGGAUUCGAAAAAGCAGUUUUCGGUACUUCCGAUGCGGCGGCGGAGGAGGGAAGAAAACCGUCGACAACUGGACUCCGGAUCAGACCUCCACCGGCAGAGAGGCAGAUGGAGGACUUUGGAAUAUGA